AUGAGGGUGCGCGUGAGAGAGCUCGUUAGAGAGAACGUGAGAGAGCGCGUGAGGGUGCGCGUGAGAGUGCGCGUGAGAGAGCGCGUGAAGGGGCAUGUGAGUGUGCGCAUGAGUGUGCGCGUGAGAGAGCGCGUGAGAGAGCACACGAGAGUGCGUGUGAGAGCGGGUGUGAGAGAGCGCAGGAGAGAGCGUGUGCUAGAACGCGUGAGAGAGCGCGUGAGUGUGUGCGUGAGAGUGCGCGUGAGUGUGCGCGUGAGAGUGCGCGUGAGAGUGCGUGAGAGGGCGCGUGAGAGUGCACGUGGGAGACGCGUGAGAGACUUAGAGCACGUGAGGGUGCGUGUGAGAGUGCGUGUGAGAGAGCGUGAGAGAGAGCAUGUGAGAAUGCGCGUGAGAGUGCGCGUGAGAGUGCGCGUGAGAGAGCGCGUGAGAGUGCGUGUGAGAGAGAACGUGAGAGAGAGCGUGAGUGAGAGUGCACGCGAGAGUGCGUGUGAGAGAGCACAAAAGAGUGCGCGCGUGAGAGUGCACGUGAGAGAGUGCGUGGGAGAGCGCGUGAGAGAGCACGUGCGCAAGCGCGUGAGAGGGCGCGUGGGCAAGUGCGUGAGAGAGCGCACAAGAGUGCGCAUGAGAGUGCAUGUGGGAGACGCAUGGGAGACUUGUGAGAGUGCGCGUUAG